GCUGAGAAGGAUAGCUGGCUGUGAGUGUGGCUGAGUGGUGCCAAGCAGGCCAGCACGGUGCGACCUCCCAGUGGGUCUGAUGACAUCCUAGGAGAUGGGAAGGAAGCAGAGAGCUGGCUGCGGUGCCUGCAGAUCACAGAAGGGGUGGCUUAGCGUUUGGUGUGAGAGGAGGGAGUGCUCUGCCUGAAUGAGAGCAGCUCCCUGCCAGCCCGUGCCACCGCCGCCGCCGCCUGGCUGUGAUGCUGCACAGGGAGCCAUGGACACCCGGGGCUUGGUUACCACUGUCAGCCUGUCUCUCAGCCUCUGCUCGCUGAUCCUGCUGGUCACGGCCAUCUUCACCGACCACUGGUACGAGACGGACACCCGCCGGCACAAGGAGAUCUGCGAGAGCCAGGGGAACUCGGACCCCAAUGACCAGAAGAACAGGCUCAUGCCGCUCUACCAGCUGCCCUUCCGGGGGGACUCUUCCAAGACCCGCAAGAUGGGGCUCCUGUCCCCGGCGCCGGCCGGAGGGGUGAGGGAGCCCGAGGAUUUACUGGAGAACUGGAGGUCCUUACUGGGACUUGGGGUGCUGGAGUCAGACUGCGGGCGCCCAAUCUUCUCCACCUACUCCGGACUGUGGAGAAAGUGCUACACAAUGGGCAUCGACAAGGACAUAGACAACCUCAUCCUGAAAGGAAUUGCUCUGAAAUGCACUGCAAUCAAGUAUCACUUCUCUCAACCUAUACGCCUGAGGAAUAUUCCAUUUAAUUUGACCAGGACAAUUCAGCAAGAUGAGUGGCACCUUUUGCAUUUACGAAGAAUUACAGCUGGAUUUCUGGGCAUGGCCGCUGCUGUACUCCUGUGUGGAUGCAUAGUGGCUGCUGUGAGCUUUUUUUGGGAAGAAAGCCUCACUCAACAUGUGUCUGGACUUCUUUUUCUCAUGACAGGAAUAUUUUGUACAAUAUCUUUGUGUACAUAUGCAGCAAGUGUCUCUUAUGAUCUGAAUCGCCUGCCAAAAUUUAUUUAUGGGCUUCCAAGCGAUGUGGAGCAUGGGUACAGCUGGUCUAUGUUCUGUGCCUGGUGCAGUCUGGGCUUGAUAGUAGCAGCCGGCUGUUUGUGCACGGCCUAUCCGUUCAUCAGCAGGACCAAGAUUUUGCAUCUCAAAUUUUCCAGAGACUCUUGUGUAUGACUGAGAAGUGCAACCUAUGCCAGUUUCCAUCCUUAAAUUGCUCUACACACUCGAAAUCCAAUUGCAGUGCAACAAUGUAGAGACUACAAAUUCAUGUUUGAAGCACAAGUACAUUCAUGGAAAAAAGGUUACUGAGAAGGUACUUUAGCUUCCCAUUAUGUAGAAAGGACUGUAUUAACGACCCAGUGGCCUUCCAUUUAACCACUGUUGGACCUAAUUAAUUCUGUGUGUUCCGGACAUGUGAUCUUCUUCCCCAAGUCUAAUAGGGUUCUGGGAGACUAAAGCAUUGAUGAACAGUGGUUCAAGAAGAGAGGUAUUGUGUUUCUAUAGAAAGUAAAAAACAAACAAACAAACAAACAAACAAACAGGACCUUCCAUUGCAUGGAAAUACUGUGCAAUCAAGUGCUUUAUAAAAUCAUUCUUUAUGCAACAUAUCUAUGUGUGUCUUCAAGUGAAAUGUCACUGUAGGAAAGAAGAAGAAAAAAAACAUAUGUAGGAGACAUGUUUACUGUUGGUUCUGCUCUAAUUUAUUUUAUACAUUUGCCUGUUGUCAUUGUGCGAGAGGGAAAAAAGAUACAUUGGUCUUGUGUGAAAGCUUGGAGGCUCUUAAUAAUAAUGUUAAUCUCAUGCUUGGUAGCCCUAACAUGCAGAUUCUUUUGAAAUCAGCAGAUUGCUUGUUCCAGGACAACAUAAUUCUUGCAUCUUAUUGCCUAUUGUGAUUUCUUAAAUUCCUGUGUGCCAUAAAAUACAAUUUAAAUAAUGAAAUGAGGUCUUUGUGUAUUUUAGUUUUUAACAGUUCAAUGUAAAAGUAUUGAACACAAUAUUUAUUUAAGAUGAGGGGGCUUUUUUAAAUUCCAACCUCAAAUUUAUUUGAUAAAAUAA